AUGCGUCGCGUCACCUGCUGGGCAUGGACUUUGCGCGCCGGCGUGUGCACUUUCACAGCACUGCGUAGCACAAGCGAGAGAUCUGACUGCGCGAAGGAUCCUCGCGAACUUGCCCAACACCCCCCCGGAGGCGGUGAUGCCGAUACGGAAGACGUCAUUACCCCCUGGACGGUAGUCGCCAAGGGCCCGCAGGGGAUCAACUAUGAUCGCGUGUUAACCACAUUCAAAGCGGAGCGAGUGGACGACAGCGCACGUCAGCAUAUUCGUGAUGCCAUCGUCAAGUGCCACGAGCGAACCGCAUCCGUCACCUCUGUCAACGCCCAGAACACCCCGACCCCCGUUUCGACUGCUGUGUCACCUGGAGGUGUGCCAGCGCAGGUCUCCGUGUCUCCUGCCGCGCAGCAGCAGCAACCACCACCACCGCCGCUUCACCACUUCUUCAGCCGCGGCAUUGCCUUCUCGCACCGCGACUUGCACAAGGCACUCGACGACAUCGAGGCUUCCAUCAAGCCGGAUGAGCCUUCCGUCUUCCUCUACACCGGCCGUGGCCCCAGCGCUGGCACCAUGCACGCGGGCCAUGUGCUGCCCUUCAUGCUGGCCAAGUACCUCCAAGACGUCUUCAAUCUCCCUCUCGUGAUACAAAUCACCGACGACGAAAAGUUUCUCUUUCGCGGCGUCCCCUUCGAGGGGGCCGUGGCGGAGGAGGUCAUUCUCAACAACAUCAAGGAUAUCAUCGCCUUUGGCUUCCACCCGCGCCAUACCUUCAUCUUUCGCAACACGCACUACAUGGGCGAGCUGUACCCGACAGUGCUGCCGCUCCAGCGUAGCAUGACAGGCAACUCAGUGAAGCACACUCUCGGCAUCACCGACAGCGACAACGUCGGCAAAUUCGCCUUUCCUGCAACCCAGGCAGCUCCGUGCUUCAGCACCGCUUUUCGUCGCGUCCUGCCGAACGGUGACAGACCGAUGCGGUGCCUGAUUCCCUGCGCCAUUGACCAGGACCCUUUCUUUGUGCUCACCCGCGCUGCCGCGCCGCGGCUGAAGCAGCCGCCACCGGCCCUUCUUCACACUCAGUUCCUGCCCGCACUCAAGGGGCUGGAGCACAAGAUGAGCAGCAGUGCAGAGGAGAACGGCGUCAUUACGCUACACGACACGGAUAAGCAGGUGCGCAAGAAGCUGCGCCGUGCCUUCUCGGGUGGCUGCGCCACCCUAGAGCAGAUGCAGGAGACGGGGGCGAACCUGAAGGUGGAUGUGGCCUACCAGUACCUGCGCUUCUUCUGCCGUGACGACGCACUCUUCGCCGACGUGACGCAGCGCUACGGCAGAGGUACGAUGAACAGCGGGGAUGUGAAGGACCUGGCGGCGGACUGCAUCAUCCGUGACGUGCUGCACGACUGGCGGGAACAGCGCGCAAAGGUAAGCGACGAUGACGUGGUAAACUUCUGCAGGAUUCGAGACAUUCUUCACUGA